AUGUCGGACUCGGAGAAGAACGCCUCGCUCCAGCAGGCUGAAAACACCGUGGAGAAGCCCACCGCUGCCAACAUUGACACGGUCCACCAUGAUGAGGCUCUCAAGGUCCUCGAGACCUAUUCUGGUGACAAGGACUGGUCUCCCGAGGAGGAGAAGAAGUUGUCCCGCAAGAUUGAUUGGAGGCUCAUGCCCGUUCUUUGCAUGACCUACGGUCUUCAGUACUACGACAAGGCCAUGUUGUCUCAGGCUGCUCUCUUCGGCCUCCGCGAGGAUCUCGGCCUCCUCAUCGGCGACCGCUACUCGUGGUCCGCCUCCAUCUUCUAUCUCGGUUUCAUCCUCGGUGCCUAUCCCAUCAUGGUCUUUGCCCAGCGCUUCCCCAUCGAGCGUGUCGCCUCCUUCACCGUCACCGUCUGGGGCAUCACCCUCAUCCUCACCACCAUCUGCAAGAACUACCAGGGAAUCUACGCCCAGCGCUUCAUGCUCGGCCUUCUCGAGAGCGGUAUCAGCCCCAUGUUUAUGCUCAUCGUCGGUUCCUUCUACAAGAAGAAUGAGCAGGCUAUGCGUAUGGGUAUCUGGUACUGCUGCACGGGUUACGUGUCCAUCUUCUCGCCCCUCAUCAACUACGCGUUCGGCCUCGUCAACGGCGGCGUCUCCUCGUGGAGGUACAUGUACUACUUCGCCGGCGGCCUCACCAUCGGCUUCACCGAGCGCGAGCGCUACAUCAUGGUCGCCCGUCUCCGCACCAACAACUCGGGUGUCCGCAACAAGCACUGGAAGGGCGCCCAGAUCAAGGAGCUCUGCCUCGACAUCAAGUUCUGGGUCGUCUUCUUCAUCGCCUUCCUCUCCAUGAUUGCCAACGGCCCCAUCUCCACCUUUGCGCCCCUCAUCAUCCGCGGCAUGGGCUUCAGCGGUCUCAAGUCUCUCCUUCUCUUCAUGCCCGCCGGUGCCUACGCCGGUACCCUCCAGCUCAUCUUCCCCUUCAUCGCCUACAAGUAUCCCAACAGCCGUGCUUACCUCGUCAUGAUUGCCCAGGCCGGAACCACCCUCGCCGCUCUCUUGCUCUGGAAGCUCCCCAUGGGCGCCACCGGCGGUCUCCUCUUCGCCAUCUACAUUCUCCCCACCAUCGGUGCUGGUUAUGCCGUCCUCAUGGGUCUGCAGAUUGCCAACACCGCCGGGUACACCAAGAGGUCCAUCGCCUCCUCCGGUCUCUACAUCGGUUACUGCUUGGGUAACUUUGUUGGCCCCUGGUCUUCAAGCCCGCCGACGCUCCUCGAUAUGCCCCUGGCUUUAUCGUCGUCGUCGUCACCUCUAUCGUUGCCGGCAUUCUCGCUGGUGUCUACCGUAUCCUUUGCGUCAUGA